AUCUCCUUUGCUUAGCCUUUUUCCUAACCCUUGACAACAACUUGUAACCAACCCCCCUAAUCAAUGAAAAUUAUCCCAGACCCAAAACCCAUUAAAAGACCAAAAAAACCAACCGCCCCACAUAGUAGUUUGUACACACCUAUUCUCCCAGCAGUUAGGGGAUAGAGGGAGCAGAAUUGCUCUUAGUUUGAAGCUGUACCUUACUGAACAAUCAAAGGCUAACCCCUGUUGUAAAAGAAUAUGAUCUUUUUUAUAAGGAGCAAACAUAACCAGGGUUGGUUGGCAAAAUCACCCUGCAUCUCUCUCAGAUGACAUUAAAAUGGCUUAUUGGGUUAUAUUGCAAAACAGUGACAACAAAAGCAAUAGAAAUAAAUGUAAGGUUUUAUUUUUGAGUUCCCAAUUCUAUUCUUUUUUUAAUGUAGAGGAGCGUAUGUGUGUGCACCACAUGCAUGCAGUACCUACAGAGGCCAGAAGAGGGCAUCAGACCCACCCCCCCCCAGAAGCUGGAGUUCCAGGCAUUGGGAGCCACCCAGUGUGUGUGAUGGGAACUUAGGUCCUCUGCAUGGGCAACUAGUGCUCUUCUCAAUCAUGGAGCCAUCUCUCUAGCCCCUCUACUAUUGAUUUUGUCACAUUAUUAUUAUUUUUUUUUGAAGAAGGGUCUCCCUAUAUAGUUCAAGAUGGACCUGGAACUCAUGUAGCCCAGGCUGACUUCCAACUUUUGGUUCUCCUACCUCCGUUUCCCAAGUGCAGGGAUUAUAGGAGCAUGCCACCAAUGCUUAGGUUUGUUGACAUCUUUAGGGGCUAAUUUUCCUCUAUCUGUGGUUACUAGUAACUGGGAAGAAUCUAAAAGAUGAGCGCUUGCCUGAACAAGCAGGCUGUACUUCCACAGGUGGGUCUUCGGGGCUCCUCACUGGGCCCACCCGAAUCAAAUCUUCCUGCAGGAUUGGGAGCCUCCUCCACAGUUUCAGUGGCAUCUGGGGAGGGAGCUGACAGUGGAGAACCUUCCCUUUUCCCUACCUCAAGGUUAUCAUAAAUGGCAAAUCACCCUACCUUAAGGUUAUCAUAAAUGGCAAAUUAUACCAUUCACACAUUAAGGGUAUAGAAACAUCCAACAUGCCAGACAAAUGUAAGGUAUAUUUUUAUUUCUCCUCUCCCUCAUGAGUAAGACCCUAAAAAUAGAGAAAGCUAUUUUUAACUUUUACUUUUCAGGAUAUCAAGGUUGCAAUGUCUGUAUUACUGUAAGUUCCAAAUUGGUGAGGUUUGGCUCUUCAUAGAUUACUCUUGUGGGUAGUAGAGCUUCCAUCCGGAGGUGUGAACAUGAACGCUGGUCAUUCCUUCCUCACAUCUCCAUGCCUCCCUCUUUGUAACAGGUAUGUGCUAAGUUCUGGGAAAGUCACAGGGAAUAAGGCAGACUGACCUCGUCUCUACCCUCCUGGAAAGUAUGGUGUAGUGGUGGAAGCUGUGUUUCAACCAGCUCGUAAUAAAAUGUCACCCAGGGGGAGAAGGAGGGUGAUGACUCCAACCUAUCCCUGAUAACAGUAAUUAACCUUUGCUUUUGUCGUUUUUCUGUAAGGCAGAGCUACUCACCCCUGAACUCAGUCCCUAACCCAAGACUAUAGCCGAUGUCACAUUGUCACACAGCUGGGCCUGAGAAUGAGCCAGCAGAGCGAACUGCCUGUUCUUCUGCUCUCCUGGCCCGGGUGCUCAGGAACUCUUCCGAGACAAGUUGGGCCCCAGCCCCACCCUGUCUUCCUCUCCCCUUCUUGCUUUCAGUUCCGUUUCUGACAGAAAAGACAGAAGAGCUUCUGAGUACAGGCUCAGCCCCAGACUCUUACCUGUGUCUACCCAGCCUCCACUUCUGACUGCCAUAGGCACCACCCUCAGAAUCCCCUCCCAAGCCUCCUCCAGUUCAGGCUCCUUCCCCCAGAAGACAGCAGCUCACUGGUGGGAUAUACGCACCUAGUUCUCACCAGGUGGCCCCUUGCUCUCCACCUUCUCUCUCCAUCUCUAUCAGUCCUCUGGGGCCUCUCCUCUAGCAUGUCACCUGACAGGCUGGCACAAUCUCACCGAGUCUCCAGGUCACAUCAUCACCCCAUCUACCAGGGACAAAGGUCUUCCCACCUCUUUGGGGGCACAGCCCUGGUGCUGAGGGGUUAGCCUUCACAGCCUCCUAGUGCCUCAAAAGGAUGUGAUCCCCCUUCCUCCAUGCUUGUCACUUUGAGGGACAGGUGGAGGAGACAAAUGACUGGGAGUGUGGAGACCUGAGGUGACUUGAAGCCAAUCUGUCUCUGGUAAUUUCUCCGUUUUUAAAAAGCAGGGGGUUGUUAUAAUCUGUAAGGCAUUUUGUAGCUCUCACAUCGUGCAGCUGUGAAGUCUAGGGCUCUGUUGGGACAAUGCAUGAUGGUCCUUGUGAGCUGAAACUGUCAGCUGUGUAGCCAAAGGGUAGGGGGCAGGAGUGCCCGCGCUUGUGGCCCACUCUAUGGCUCCCCCUCGUCGAACAGAACAGACCCUCAGUUCUUCUAUUUCGAGACGUCCCUCACCCCAAGCCCAAGGUGAACUGGCUGCUGACAUCCGCAGCACCGACCCAAGGCGCCUGUCUGGCACCCAGGCAAGCGACCCCUUUCUUCCAGGACCUGGCAACCUCAAGUCCAUCAUCCCCAUAGCGCCAGCCAGCCAGCCAGCCAGCCCUGCCUCUUCGUCACUCAAGAGCCCGGAAAGGCUUGGAGGGUUAAGCCGGGAAGCCUUGAGAAGUCAGAGACGGCCGGGCCCUAUAGCCUGAGAAUACGUGGUGGCAGCCAGAGGGCACGGCUGGGCGGCAGCAGUGUGUUUGCAGGGGCAGGGACCUCUUUCUAGCUUCCUCUGCAAGAGCCCGACCUAGCCCCAUCUCACCACCCGAGGCUGCUCCUGGACCCCUCCGGGUCUGGGCGCCCCUGCCCGGGGCCGGCUGGGGACUCUCCCGGGCCCCGCUCAGCUGGGCCCCGUGUCGCUGGGGACUUUGGAGCCGAGGAGGAAGCGCGGAGGGGCGGGGAGGUGGGGGUGUGUCGGGAGGCGGCGGUGGCUGGGUUUUAUAAUCCGCAGGGCGGUCGCGGCGCGGGAGAAGGGGCAGCGCCGCACCGCGCGCACCGCGCUAUGGGGGCCGCGUCCGGCCAGCGGGGACAGGGGCCGCCGUCACCUCUUUUGCUGCUGUGGUGGCUGCGGCUGCUGCUGCUGCUGCUGCUGUCGCCCACCGCUGCGCUCGACCCUGAAUUGCAGCCGGGCAACUUUCCCGCGGAUGAGGCAGGGGCGCAGCUCUUCCUGGAGAGCUACAAUUCGAGUGCCGAGCAGGUGAUGUUCCAGAGCAUGGCAGCCAGCUGGGCAUACUACACCAACAUCACCGAGGAGAAUGAGCGGCUCCAGGAGGAAGCAGAACUCAUCAAGCAGGAGUUUGCAGAGGUCUGGGGCAAGAAGGCCAAGGAGCUAUAUGACCCCAUCUGGCAGAACUUCACUGACUCAAAGCUGCGAAGGGCCAUUGAAACUAUACGCACCCUAGGACCUGCCAACCUGCCCUUGGCCGGGCGGCAGCAGUACAACUCCCUGCUAAACAACAUGAGCAGAAUCUACUCUACCAGCAAGGUCUGCUUCCCCAACAAGACUGCCACCUGCUGGUCCCUGGACCCAGAGCUCACCAACAUUCUGGCUUCCUCACGAAGUUAUGCCAAGCUGCUGUUCGCCUGGGAGAGCUGGCAUGAUGUUGUGGGCAUCCCACUGAAACCCCUCUACGAAGACUUCACCGCCCUCAGCAACAAAGCCUACAAAGAAGACGGCUUCUCGGACACGGGAGCUUACUGGCGCUCCUUGUAUGACUCCCCCUCCUUUGUGGAGACUCUGGAGCACAUCUACCAUCAACUAGAGCCCCUCUACCUGAACCUCCAUGCCUACGUCCGCCGAGCACUGCAUCGACGCUAUGGGGACAAAUAUAUCAACCUCAGGGGGCCUAUUCCUGCUCAUCUGCUGGGAGACAUGUGGGCCCAGAGCUGGGACAACAUGUAUGACAUGGUAGUGCCUUUCCCAGACAAACCCAACCUCGAUGUCACCAGUACCAUGGUGGAGAAGGGCUGGAAUGCCACACACAUGUUCCGGGUAGCAGAGGAAUUCUUCACCUCGCUGGGGCUCUCACCAAUGCCUCCUGAGUUCUGGGCAGAGUCGAUGCUGGAGAAGCCAAGUGACGGGCGGGAGGUGGUGUGCCACGCCUCAGCCUGGGACUUCUAUAACAGGAAGGACUUCAGGAUCAAGCAGUGCACACGGGUCACGAUGGAGCAGCUGUCCACGGUGCACCAUGAGAUGGGCCACGUGCAGUACUACCUACAGUACAAGGACCUGACUCUCCCCCUGCGUAGAGGUGCCAACCCUGGCUUCCAUGAGGCCAUCGGGGACGUGCUGGCACUCUCUGUCUCCACUCCUGCACAUCUGCACAAAAUCGGCCUGCUGGACCACGGCGCCAAUGACAUGGAAAGUGACAUCAAUUACUUGCUCAAGAUGGCCCUAGAGAAAAUUGCUUUCUUGCCCUUCGGCUACUUGGUGGACCAGUGGCGCUGGGGGGUCUUCAGUGGACAUACCUCGCCCUCCCGCUACAAUUUCGACUGGUGGUAUCUUAGAACCAAGUAUCAGGGGAUCUGCCCUCCAGUUGUCCGGAAUGAAACCCAUUUUGAUGCCGGAGCCAAGUUUCAUAUCCCAAAUGUGGCACCGUAUAUCAGGUAUUUUGUGAGCUUCAUUCUACAGUUCCAGUUCCAUCAAGCACUGUGCAAGGAGGCAGGCCACCAGGGCCCACUACACCAGUGUGACAUCUACCAGUCUACCCAGGCUGGGGCCAAGCUCCGGCAGGUGCUGCAGGCUGGCGGCUCCAGGCCCUGGCAGGAGGUGCUGAAGGAUAUGGUGGGCUCAGAUGCCCUGGAUGCCCAGGCACUGCUGGAGUACUUCCAACCAGUCAGUCGGUGGCUGCAGGAGCAGAAUCAGCGGAAUGGCGAAGUCCUAGGCUGGCCAGAGUAUCAGUGGCGCCCACCGUUACCUGACCACUAUCCAGAGAACAUUGACCUAGUGACUGAUGAAGAGGAGGCUAACAGGUUCGUGGAGGAGUAUGACCGGACAGCCCAGGUGUUGUGGAACGAGUACGCAGAGGCCAACUGGCACUAUAACACCAACAUUACCCUAGAGGCCAGCAAGAUCCUGCUUCAGAAAAACAAGAAGGUGGCCAACUACACCCUGAAAUAUGGUACCUUGGCCAAGAAGUUUGAUGUGAACAACUUCCAGAACUCUACCACCAAGCGAAUCAUAAGGAAGGUUCAGAACAUGGACCGGGCAGUGUUGCCUUCCAAGGAGCUAGAAGAGUACAACCAGAUCCUGCUGGACAUGGAGACGACUUACAGCAUAGCCGAUGUUUGCUACGCAAAUGGAACUUGUCUGCCGUUGGAGCCUGAUCUGACAAAUGUGAUGGCCACUUCCCGGAAAUAUGAAGAGCUGUUAUGGGUGUGGAAGAGCUGGCAAGACAAAGUGGGGAGAGCCAUCCUUCCCUUCUUCCCGAAGUAUGUAGAGCUCUCCAACAAGAUCGCCCACCUCAAUGGCUACGCUGAUGGAGGGGCCUCCUGGAGAUCAUUAUAUGAGUCUAAAAACUUGGAGCAAGACCUGGAACAACUCUACCAGGAGCUGCAGCCACUCUACCUGAACCUGCAUGCCUACGUGCGCCGCUCCCUGCACCGCCACUACGGGUCCCAGCACAUCAACCUGAAUGGCCCCAUUCCCGCCCACCUGCUGGGGAACAUGUGGGCGCAGACCUGGUCCAACAUCUAUGACUUGGUGGCACCCUUCCCUUCAGCCCCCAACUUGGAUGCCACGGAGGCCAUGAUAAAGCAGGGAUGGACGCCCAGAAGGAUAUUUAAGGAAGCCGAUGAUUUUUUUACCUCUCUGGGGCUGCUACCUGUGUCCGCCGAGUUCUGGAACAAGUCAAUGUUGGAGAAGCCAACUGAUGGAAGGGAGGUAGUGUGCCAUGCCUCAGCCUGGGACUUCUACAAUGGCAAAGACUUCAGGAUCAAGCAGUGUACCUCUGUGAACAUGGAGGAGUUGGUGAUUGCCCACCAUGAAAUGGGCCACAUCCAAUAUUUCAUGCAGUACAAAGACUUGCCUGUGGCCUUUCGGGAGGGUGCCAACCCUGGCUUUCAUGAGGCUAUUGGAGAUGUGCUGGCUCUGUCAGUGUCUACCCCGAAACAUCUCUACAGUCUCAACCUGCUCAGUAGUGAGGGCAGUGGUUACGAGCAUGACAUCAACUUCCUAAUGAAGAUGGCCCUCGACAAGAUCGCCUUUAUCCCCUUCAGCUACCUCAUCGACCAGUGGCGCUGGAGGGUCUUUGAUGGAAGCAUCACCAAGGACAACUACAACCAAGAGUGGUGGAGCCUCAGACUGAAGUAUCAGGGUCUCUGCCCUCCAGUGCCCAGAUCUCAAGGUGACUUUGACCCAGGGUCCAAGUUCCACGUUCCUGCAAAUGUGCCGUACAUCAGGUACUUCAUCAGCUUCAUCAUCCAGUUCCAGUUCCACGAGGCACUGUGCCGUGCAGCUGGGCACACAGGUCCCCUGCACAAGUGUGAUAUCUACCAAUCCAAAGAAGCAGGAAAGCUCCUGGCGGAUACCAUGAAGCUGGGCUACAGUAAGCCGUGGCCAGAAGCCAUGAAGCUGAUCACUGGCCAGCCUAACAUGUCAGCCUCCGCCAUGAUGAACUACUUCAAGCCACUGACAGACUGGCUCAUCACUGAGAACAAGAGACAUAAAGAGACACUGGGCUGGCCACAAUACAACUGGACACCAGAAACGGCUCGUUCAGAAGGCCCCUUUCCAGAGUCUGGCCGCGUCAACUUCCUGGGCAUGUACCUGGAGCCACAGCAGGCCCGUGUGGGCCAGUGGGUGCUGCUCUUCCUAGGCGUCACCCUGCUUGUGGCCACCUUGGGUCUCACCCAUCGGCUCUUCAGCAUCCGCCAACACCACGGCCUCCGCCGACCCCACCGUGGGCCCCAGUUUGGGUCUGAGGUGGAGCUCAGACACUCCUGAGGUGACCCUGCUGGCAAAGCCGGCAGCGGAGUGUCCCACGAGAAACUGGAUGGGGGACAUGGUGUGUGGGUGGAAUACCCUCUAGCUGGGCCUUCCUCCUCCUGCCCUGUCCCCACCCACUCUCUGCCCCCAGUCCUAGCCCCUGUUCUCUAGAUCCCCAGCUUCUAACAUGGAAUUCCCCAUCCAGUCUCUGUGAAUACAAUUAAAGGUCUUCCCCAACA